UGAGGCGGACGUAGAAAGGAGCCACCUGGAGGACGUAGCAAAGAGCCACCUGGCGGACGUAGCAAAGAGCCACCUGGCGGACGUAGCAAAGAGCCACCUGGAGGACGUAGCAAAGAGCCACCUGGAGGACGUAGCAAAGAGCCACCUGGCGGACGUAGCAAAGAGCCACCUGGCGGACGUAGCAAAGAGCCACCUGGCGGACGUAGCAAAGAGCCACCUGGCGGACGUAGCAAAGAGUCACCUGGCGGACGUAGCGAGGAGCUACCUGGUGGGCGUGAUGUGGGUGUGGGCGGCUCUACUACUCCUCCUCACCCAAGUCUGCCUCGGUGGUCUUCCAGGCGGGGAGGGUAGCGAGGGCGGGGAAGAGCUGCCCGCCCACAAGAGACAGUCUGUGCAGUAUUCCACACUAGUGGGACCUUCCUUCCUCAACACGUCUCUCCACGCCCACGCCCACGCUCUCAUCGGACAGAUCGCCCACCUCACCUGCGUAGUCAGGAACCUGCAUAACUACACAGUGUCGUGGGUAAGGGCCAGAGAUAUUCACCUGUUGACAGCGGGGGAGACCACCUACACCUCGGACAACAGGUUCGUGGCUGUGAAUCCAGGUGGUGGUGCCAAAUGGAUGCUGCGCCUGCAUCACGCCCGCGCCUCCGAUGCCGGCACCUAUCUAUGCCAAGUAUCUGUCAGCCCGCCUAUCUCCACGCCCAUCACCCUCCUCGUCACAGAGGCUGUGUCAACAGUUUAUCCCGGACGAGAAGUGUUUCUGAAGGAAGGAAGCAGAGUGGUACUAGUGUGUGAGAUCAAGGGAUGCCCGUACCCUGCCUUCCCCACCUGGUAUCGUGGGCAGCAGGUUCAGGAAGGCACUGAGGUUUAUGAGGGCCACGUCAAGGCUGGCACCGAGCCAACAUCCACCAGCAUUCAAACGUCCACCACAACACAGGCCACCUCGAGAGAUAUCCAAAUCCAAGCGACCAACCUCUCGCCUUCCUACGUGGCUGGGCAAUCUCUCGUUACCUCCACACCAGCCACCACCAUCACCACCACGCCCACACCGAUCGGUCUACCCAUAGCCAGGAUCACCCUUAUACGCCCACGAGCUUCGGCCGCCCACUCGGGAGUCUAUACCUGUACCAGCACCUGCACACCACCUGUCAAUCUUACUUUACACGUGUUGAUAGGUGACGAGGAGACAGCAGCCAUGCAGCAUCUCGGAGGGUCUCUCAGCAUCAUGCUUCAAGAUCAGCGUCUCAGCCUCCUCCUCCCGCUUGUGGCAUCCCUCCUCAUCUCCUGAGAAGACAGAUUCGCUGGCAGGAAAGAGACAUGGUAAUAGAAACAAUAUCUGCAGACGAAAACCUAUAUAUUGAAGACAUCGUUUCGCUCACACAGUGGCUUCAUCAGGAAAGAGACAUACUGCCAUAAUGAAGCUCUGAGGUUAUUGAUGUUGGGGGUCUGAGCUGGACACAGGAAAUAGAAGAGAUAGGAAAGAUAGAUAACGAAAGAUCUUGAUGUCUAAAAAUUAUAUGUAUUAUU